AUGGUGCACAGGAAGACAACGAAAGCUGCAGGAGCGAAGCCGAGCACAGGCGCAACUAUGCUUCUCUCAAACGACGACAAGGACGCUGCCGCCGAGGUCACUAUCACCACUGCACCAGAGGAGGCACCUCGCGUUGACCUCUACGAGGGGAGCGGUGGUCUCCUCACCCCUCGAGAGCGUUGCAAUACUCUUCCGCCUCCAUCGUCUGUGUCGCCGCUGACCACCGCGUCAACUCGUACUCUCAGCAGCGACGAUGACGGCGAAGAGAGCAGCCUGGUUGUUUCCAAGAGGAAGGCAGGCAACACCCACGUGACAACAGAGGUGGGUAGAAGCAGAAGAGACACCUAUGCCGUCCAGAGAACAUCGGCUGCGCCGUUCCGCACCGGCUCAGGUAGUGUCUCUGACACAGUGGGGUGCCUUCGAGGUCGUCUUGCAGAAACCUCCGGUCUGUCUGCCCCACGUUCUUCUACAGGGAGUUUGUCUGCUCUCGUUUCUGGUGAUAGGGUUGCUGAUGCCAAGUCGGCGGAGGCCACUGCCUCGACGGAGCUGAAGGAGCUCCGACAGGCUCUCAAGGACAAGGAGCGGGACCUCGUCCGACUCGUACGCGACCUGGACAGGGCGAAACAGGCUGCCGCGAAGGCGCAGACGAAGAGCGAAGAGCUGCAGGCCAAGUGGGAGGGCGAGAAGUCUGCGUUUGCAGAUCAUAAGAAGGGCGCCUUGGCACAGCGGCACGAACUGCAGAAGGAGCUGCGGCAGGCCCAGACAGCAUUGCGCUCGGCAGAGCAGGCACAAGCUAAGCUGCAGCGAGAGCUGGACAAGCAAAAGGAGAAGCUGGCCACUGUGUCGUCGCGCGGAGCGAGCGAUACCACGACCCCUGUCAUGACUCCAAGAUCUACGGCACUGUCCUCGGCCCCUUUCGAUAACAUGCUGCAGGCGAAGGUGUCGAGCUUAGAGAGCGAGAAGAAGCUCAUGAGGGAGACGAUACGACAGUUGGAGGAGCAGUGCUCUGUGGCCGCUGCUGCCGCUAGUCUCGCCAAGACAGCCGAGGAGCACCGCAGCGCUGCCGCAUCUAAAGAAGCAGCGGAGACGAUUGCGACACUGAAGGAUGAAGUACUGAAUCUUAAACAGCGGCUCGCUUCGCAAGAUGCUGCAGUGCGGGAUCUGCGAGAACGGGCAGACACACUUCUAGAGGAGAACGAGGCGCUCAAGACCUGCGCGAAAGCCGAAAGAAAGCCUGCACGCAGCGAUGUCGCUGUCGCCACUCUGCGAUCAGCUUCCACACGAGGCAAAGGGGAGAGUGAGGAGCCGUCGCUUCCGAUGCAGCCGCCUCGUCAGGUGAUGGCGCUUGAGACCCCUGCCGAGGAGGCAAUGGCGCACCUGAGGGAGGCGCUGACAGCGGCACAGAGCCAGGCGGGAGUGUACAAGUGCAUGCACGAGCACGCCAAAGGCCGCAUCAGGAGGCUUGAGGCAGAGUUGGCCGCUUCUCGUUCAGCGGAGGCUUCCGCCUCUCCCAACGUGGCCACUGUCACUCUCAGGGACACGGUGGCUACCUUAAAGGAGCAGCUGGCAAGUAGGACGGCUGAAUGUGGUGAGCUGCGGCAGUGCGUCCAGGAACGAACUGAGGAGGCGACCACCUUACAGUCGGCACUUCAAGAAGUCGAAGGCGAACGAGAUGCGCAGCUACGGCAGAUUCGAGAUCUGCAGUUCCGCAUUGCCGAGGCUGAAGGAAAGGCGGCAACCUUGCUGGCAGUACAGAAGACAGAGCGGCCUGCUGCGCUGGAAGAAGCUCGAGUGGAGCUGCUGUCAGUGAGGGCCGAUCUGCAGGUUGCCGCCGUUUCCGCGCAGGGGCAUCAGGAGGAAACGAAUAACCUUCGCAGUCUACUUGGUGAUGAGCAGCGGCGGUGCGCUCAUCUGGAAGAGGAGAGGCGUGCUGCGCAGGAGGAGGCGGCAGCAAAGUCCGCUGCUGCUGAUGCAUCGAAGCAACAGGCUGAUCACUACAGGAAAAAAGCAAGGCAACUCACAAAGAAGUUGGGUGAAGCUCUGCGGGAGCUCUCGGUGCUGGGGGAAGAGUACGAGCGUGUCUGCGAGGAUCGUCAGAUGGCGCUGUCGCAGCCCGACACUAAGAAUAAAAUGGUUGCUGAGGCACGCAGUAUGAUAUGUGGGCAGUCGGUUACGUAUGUAGAGGCAGAUGCCGCAACGGGGGACACCGAAGCGGCCAUUCAAGCUGUGUCCCCCUUCCAAGCGAGGCGCACUACCAGCGUGUCACGAAGCCUUUCCGACGCUCUCCUCUCCGCAAACAGGCAGGCUGCUAUAAAUGGCGUGACUUCCACUGCGUGGGCGAUCGCCGCACUAGAUCAGGAGCGGCAAGCUCGUGAGCAGCUUGAGCUGGAUGUGCUCUCCCUUUACUCCAAGGUGUCCGCCAUCGAAUACCUCGAACAAAAUUCCUGGAAUUCGGCGGAGAGAGGGGGAGCUUGCGCCGCUACUGAUGCCUCCUCAGCAGACUUGACACUGGGGAGCUCGCAUGGUGGACAAGGACACAUUCAGCAGCCGUCACGGAUGCCUUCAGCACUGCAACCAUGUCCCAGCACCUCUGGCGCGCCGGGGCGCGCUCGCUCUCCAGGGCGCGCUCGCUCGCCGCAGGCCACACACGCGUUGGACCCUCGCUACUUUGACCCCACCAUGUUCACCUGCUCGGAGGGCCAGCCGCGCUCUGCCGGAGUCGAUUCCAUCAACCUCUGCGGACAUGCCGCGGGGUUUUCGCAACAGCUCUCGGAGCCGCCACAGCGAGGCCGAUCGUUGUCCGCUCAAGCUCUUCAGCUGUCACCGAGUGCGGGCAGCAGGGGCGAUGCUCAAUCGCCAAGCCGAGCGCUUUCUCUUCGGUCCAUGGCACUGGUGACAUCUCCCACUGCACUCCAGGCCUACCGCAGCGACAGCAUUGCAGGCCCCUCUGCAGCGUCCUCUGAGCUUCCUGCUACCUCGGUGUACUAUUCCACUGGAUGCUCUUACGGCACUGACGGCGGCGCGGGGCAGCGUGCUCGGGUUGAGCUGCAAUUCAGCGAUACUGCGGGGCGGCUUUUGCGGAGCAUGCGUGGACGCCGCGUGCAACGCCCUGUGUUCCCUGCCGCUGAGAAUGAGGCAGCGCAGCUGGAUGUGUGCUGUACCGCCAUCGGCUCGAUAAGCCACACGAUUUACGCUUCUCACAUGUUGGCUGCGGGGCACUAUCACCUCAAGCACACCUUUCGUUUCAUCAUUCGCGUCCUUAACGAUUGCGGGAGCGGCGGCGACAUUCUCAUCGGGUUUUCAGACCGCUAUGUACCAAUGGAGAGCUUCGGCGCCAAGCGAAACGCGCUGCGCUACAGCGGCUGCUACUAUCUGAGUCUACGCGACGGUUGCCUCUUCUGUCCUGCCCAGGAUGUCAGCGGUGCCGCCUAUGAGGGUUGGUCCGCAGCAGCGGCGAGGGCGGCAGAGCGACGCUGCAGCAUCGGGGUGGGGCCGAGGCAAGACGGAGGUGCCUUGUCCAUUUCUGCACAGGGCAUAGAGGCGCCUCUCUCUGAGGCGUGCGCGACGUCCUCACCCGCGCGCAAGCGUGCGCUGCUGAGGCCAGAGUGCGUCGCACGUGCCGGCGACGAAAUCGCCUGCACCCUCCGCACCGAUGACCGGUCUAUCAGCUACUCCUGGAACGGCGUCGAGUGUGGUGUUGCUUUCACAGGAGUGCCUUUAUCGCCCUCACUGUACCCGUGCGUUGAGAUAAACGCAUCUGGUGGCGCCGUGGAGCUGCUCUGA